AUGAGUAGUAGUAACCUCUUCGUGAUUGAUGGCUGGAGGCGGGAGUUGGCAGCCGAAGAUCAUGUGCAGCGACAACACCUUGCCAAAACCUCGUUGCAGCGGAAUUUUCGUGGUGAUGCCCAACGACGUGUAACAUCGUCGUCUGCGUCGUCCGACAUGAUGGUGGUGGACUGUUGUUGGGCACGUGGCCACCGCAGCGGGGGAGCAUCGCCAGCCCUCUCGACGUAUCUUUUUUGUGCCCUCUCUAGUGGUGCUCUGUGCAUCCUCAACACCACAAACUUCAUGAAGAUGUACCUCUUUGAAAACGAUUUGCCACGACGCAAUCGCAAGGAAGAACACGCACAGAGGAAGGAUAUCUCGCGCCAGCACGAUUCCCAACGAGAAAGGCUGGCAGCCAUUGACUCUGUUCUUCUUCCUUGUCGAGGGAAAAGGGUGCCAACGGUGCCGGGCACGGUGCCCGGUACGACACCGGAGGGAGAAGAAUUUUUGUCGCUUGUGUGUGCCACAGCGGAGGGCUGGUUGUGCCUCUUCACCGUCGAACCCGAUGCACCCAGUUACACGCGUUCUGUAAGCGUCAAGAUGGGUGCGGUUCACAAAGCUGUUGAGUUACCCUACGACAACGAUGCUUGUUGCAAGGGGACGUGGGAAAAGGCAUACAUCCGGUUCAGUCCAAAGGGGGGGCGGGCGGUCGCUGUGGUUUCUGCACGAGUCCCGUGCAGCAAAGCCACUACUGCGCUGAACGGAUGUGUUGUCGCAGGCGAGAGUGUAGAGUACGUGACACUGUUUUGUGUGUUGAAGUGGCAAGAGGGUGAGACACUUGAGACGUACACAGUGGAGACAUCAUGGACAAGCGUGCGGGCUCCGAGCAAUAGCGCCUCGGUGGGACUAAAAUACGUUGGGUGGUGGGAUGACGAGGAUAUCACUCUUAUGACGGCGUGGUCGAAUGGCACGGUGUCGCUUCUCGAUAUCAACCUGGAAACUGUGGCGCACACCUCCAUCUUCUGUACUCCAGCGGAAGAAGUGGCUGGGCGGGUGUCUGUGGUUACGGCCGUUGCUCCAAGUGCCUAUAACAAGGGGAGUGGACGGCCCUCCACGUCUCAGCAGGUGGGGCUUGUAGCCAUGGUCCUGGAUGGAAACAUUGUCAUGGUCUUUACUGUUCAUGAUCCACAGCAGUAUCGUGUGACCGCAAACAGGGAUGGAUCACCAAUGAAAGCCACGAGGCUCGAGACAACGAGGGACCGUACAGAACCAGGAAACGAGUUCACGCUGCGCCCGGGGCACCACACCUACUGCAGCGAGGACAUUCCUGUAGCUGAUCUUGCACUUUUCGACAAUUUUAUUCCUUAUACCUUGGCUGUGCUCCUGCAGAGUGGUGCGCUUCUGGCGCUUGACACGCUCACUAUGGAACUCCUACAUCACCGUCCGCUCCGGCGUCUUUUUCCCCCGAGAGGAGGGACAACAGCUCAGCAAGCAGGCGAUAAGCAGCAAACAGCAGUGGUGGGAGACGGCAGGGACUCCCGCAGCAGCAACAGCAGCACCACCGGUCGUGGGAUGGAUAGUGUCAACUACUUUCUUAGACCGAAGGAGAGACCGAUGACAAUGUGUGUUGUCGAGCACAACACCGUUGUGUUCUUGCGCCCUUCUUGA